UGAACCACGAACGAGAGAGACACACACGCACAGCUUUAUAAAGAGAAGACAGAGAAACCAAACAAAACACAAACUGUGAAUUUAUUUAUUUUUUUAAUUGAAAAAGAAAUGGGAAGCGAAGGGACGACGAUUGUGAGGAAGCCAAGGUUUCUGUGUCUACAUGGAUUCCGUACGAGCGGAGAGAUAAUGAAGAUACAGCUUCACAAGUGGCCUAAAUCUGUUAUUGACCGACUCGAUCUCGUGUUCCUCGACGCGCCUUUUCCUUGUCAAGGCAAAUCUGAUGUCGAGGGCAUCUUCGAUCCUCCUUAUUACGAGUGGUUCCAGUUUAACAAGGAAUUUAAUGAGUAUACGAAUUUCGAGAAAUGUUUGGAGUAUAUAGAGGAUAGUGUGAUCAAGCUUGGCCCUUUUGAUGGUCUCAUUGGCUUUUCUCAGGGUGCAAUUUUGUCUGGAGGAUUACCAGGACUGCAAGCAAGGGGAAUUGCACUCCAGAAAGUACCAAAGAUCAAGUUCAUCAUCAUUAUUGGAGGAGCUAUGUUCAAGUCCACCAAGGUCGCCAAGGAUGCGUAUUCAUCUACCAUGGACAUUCCCUCCCUCCACUUUCUAGGAGAGACUGAUUUCUUGAAACCUUACGGAACUGAACUGAUAGACUUGUUCAAGAAUCCGGUGGUAGUUAAUCAUCCUAAAGGCCAUACAGUCCCAAGACUUGAUGAGAAGAGCUUAGAGAAAGUUACUGCAUUCAUCGACACCAUUGAGCAUCUGCUAAUGGAGGAACUCAAGAUUGGUGAAGAAGCCACUACUAAUAAGCCAGAAUAGAACAACCACCUUAUAGUGGUAAUGUAUAAGACAAAUAAUUGUGAAAUGGCUGUAAAAUCAAAUUCUUCAUUACACACUCUUUUGCCUUUUACUACACAAGACAAAUAAUAAACGUUUCAUUCUUUAA